CCUCAAUCAAAAUUUUGCAUCCGCAGGCGAGAGCACUAUAAAACGAGGCCAUACUAUCAUGAAAAAAUCAGAAUCCCGAGCACUCCCAUUCGACAUACGAUGCGAGUUUUCACGCUCGCGGCAGCGAUGCUGCUUGCGCCUCUCAAGGUCGUGGAUGCCGCCGCCGUGUUUGCCCACUUCAUGAUCACCAAUACGGGUUCAUGGGGCGUCAACGACUGGGUUAACGACAUGAAGGCCGCUCAAGCCAUGCAGCUCGACGCCUUCGUGAUCAACAUGGCUGUGGGAGAUCCGCAUAACAGCCAGCUCAGCAACGCGUUCGCAGCCGCGCAGAGCACUGGCUUCAACCUGUUCUUCUCCUUCGACUACGGCGGCAACGGACCUUGGACGCAGCAGCAGGUUCUCGACACGCUCACUCCGUGGAUCGGCAACGCGCGUUAUUACAAGCGGGGCAGCAGUCCUAUGGUCUCCACCUUCGCAGGCGACGCCAACCACGCGGACUGGACGCACAUCAAAAGUGUUACUGGUUGUUAUUUCAUCCCUGAUUGGUCGGCUGUCAGUGCGAAAGAGGCUUGGAGCUAUGUCGGACAGGCAGAUGGUCUGUUCAGCUGGGCGGCAUGGCCAGUUGGACCUCAGCCCAUGAAUACGUUCCCGGACGCGUCGUACCUUCUGUUCGAGGGUGAUGACAUCGCUAAUCGCCCGGUCGGUGCGAAUUACAUGAUGCCCGUUUCACCUUGGUUCUACACGAAUCUCCCUGGCUAUGGCAAGAACUGGUUGUGGAAUGGAGACACUCUUUGGUUCGAUCGAUGGGACCAGGUCUUUUACAGUCGCCCCGACUUUGUGGAGAUCAUCUCGUGGAACGACUUUGGAGAGUCCCACUACAUUGGUCCGUUGAACCCCACUUCCUAUGACGCUUUCACCAUCGGCAAGGCACCGUUCAACUAUGUUGAUGGGAUGCCUCACACCGGCUGGACUACUUUCCUCCCGUACCUCAUCCAGACGUAUAAAACCGGCAAAGCUGCGGCCUCGCAACAGUUGUUGACCGCCUGGUUCCGGCUCUCGCCCGCUGCUGCCUGCGGAGAUGGGGGGACGACUGGCGACGUGGCUGCGCAACUGCAAGUUGAAUAUCCGCCGUCGCAGAUGCUCCAAGACAAAAUCUAUUUCGCGGCGCUGCUCAAUGCUGAGGUCGCACCGACUGUUACUGUUGGCGGGAACUCCAUCCCAGCACAGUGGGACAAGAGGCCGUAUGGCGGAGUUGGUAUCUACCGUGGCAGUGCCGCUUACGGGGGCAAUCUGGGAACUGUGCAGGUUAACGUCGCUGGAAUGGUCGUCACUGGCCAAUCGAUCACCACCGUGUGCCAUAAUGGGCUGAACAACUUCAAUGCCUGGGUCGGCAGUGCUACUGGCUCCGGAACAGUCGCUCCUCCCGUGUGGUCAAUCUACGACACCUCUGCCACUUGCAUCGCCGGGACCAGUGUGGGUAACUUCCAGGGCCUGUGUAACUUCUCGUGCAAAUACGGAUAUUGUCCUUACGGGUCGUGCAUCUGCACUCAAAUGGGUAUCCAGCCGGCCAAGCCGCCACCUACUACGACUGUCGGAUAUCCCGCCGCUGGCAUGGAUGCCAGCUACGGAGGACUCUGCUCGUUCGAUUGCACCUAUGGCUACUGCCCGACUACAGCUUGCGACACUGUGAAGCACCCUUUGACCACGCCCAGCUUCUCACCGUUCAAUCCCAAUGUCUGUACCAAGGGCAGUGCCAAGUCUGAUCCCAACCUCGGAGGAUUGUGCAGCUUCGCUUGCGGUUUCGGCAUGUGCCCAAUGCACGUGUGCAAUUGCGACCUCCAAGGUCCGCAGCCUGUUCUCCCUGCAUACACCGCCUCUGCCACAGGCGUCGCUCUUUCCGGUGUCACCGAUGGGGGCCUUUGCUCCUGGUCUUGCCCAUAUGGCUAUUGUCCUCCUGGAGCUUGCGCCCAUGGCUCGUCUCCUCCAAGCGGACCGACUACUACGAGUGCGCCGCCGCCGCCGCCGACAACAACUCAGGCGCCGCCUCCGCCAACCACUACGACGUUCUCUGGCCCAACCUCAUGUCCCUCGAUCUACAGUGUUGCCAAGAAACACCUCGACCAAAUGAUGACCUAUUACGUGGCGCCACCAAACGACCUUGGUGGAGGUGUUUGGAUCUCAGAGCCCGAUGAUGCUGAUCGCGAGUGGACCGAUGCUAACAAGUGGGAGACUCUCUAUAACUACGUCUGGGCCACUGGAGACAAGACCUACGACAUUUUCAAUCAAAUUGCUGGGCCAUACCCUGGCGGCGGUCAGACUGCGCCUCCCGCGGGAUGGGAUACCUACUUCGGCAAAUCCCGGGACGAUGCAUUGUGGACAGCGCUCAUGUUCAUCAAAGUUGGCCAGUACAAGGCUUCGAUUGGCAGCACUUCUGACCCGCAUCCGAGUGAUUUCUAUGUGAGUGCAUACUCGUUGCACACCCUCUCCGGCCAACCUGGUCACAGGCAUUCGGUUCCGGGAUCCAACAGAGUGUCAGCGUUACUUGGUCCAGUGUUUGCGGUGGCGGAGUUUGCUGGAACGGGCAACGAUUGCACGUACAAGAACACGAUUACGAAUGGUCUCUUCCUCCUGACGUCAGCCACCAUGUACAACACAGUCGGAGGUGACCAAUACUUGAAUGAUGCCAAACGAGUCUGGGCUUGGUUGGAGACCUCCGGUGCUCGCCGUUCUGACGGUAUCUGGUACGACGGCAUCCAAGUCAACACCAAAACCGGCCAGUGUUCUGUUGACCAAGGCCUUUGGACUUACAACCAGGGUGUUAUCGCUGCUGGACUGGCCGGCCUCUACGUAGCGACGGGACGGACCAACCACACCCUGCUUGAUAUCGCUGAGCAAACGAUCGAUGCUGUAUUUUCUGGAACGGACUUUGUUGCACCGAAUGGGAUCAUUCGUGAAAGCUGCGACAUCUCUGCGUCUCAAUACAAGGCCUGUUCCAGCAGCAAUCCCGAUCCCCAGGUUUUCAAGGGCAUCUUCAUGAAGCACCUCCAAUACUACAUCGAUACCGCCAACGACAGCACGAACCGGGUAUACCACAAAUACUUCAACAAGGUCUUCGCUCAAUACAGUGGUGUUUACCACUACGCGACGGACUCUGUCGCAGAAGCAGGCAAUCUCUGGUGGACCCCGAGUCAAGGAGGCAUGGUCAUCAACGGGUAUACCGAUCAGGCUGCCCUGGACUGUAUCCUCGCUGCAGCCAAGUAUGCUUACCUCCCUCUUACCAUGUCCUUCCUCGAGAAAUUCAAGUCGAGUGCACAGAAAGUAGGGGUCCAGGCGACGGCGUUUGCACAGACCAGUGGACAGAAGAUCGCCAGUGGAUCGCGUGAAUUCGCGCAAGGGUUCAGUCUCCCUGGCGAAGCAGAGAAGGCGGCCAAGAUUCUGGACAGCUUCUUGGCUGACCCCGAUCGACCCGAGUCGGCCCUGAACUCCAUACCGAAAUCUGUCCUCCAGAACGCUCGAGGUCUCGCCAUCUUCCAAGUUCUCAAAGCAGGCUUCGUUUUCUCGGGCAAAGCAGGCUCGGGAAUCGUCAUUGCUCGGCUGCCCGACGGAUCGUGGUCCGCUCCAUCGUGCAUCGCAACCGGCGGCUUGGGCUGGGGACUGCAAAUCGGCGCGGACAUAACGGACUUUGUGAUUGUGCUGAGGGACGAGGAGGCCGUGCAGGCGUUCUCGCAGGGAGGGAAUGUGACUAUCGGGGGGAACAUCAGUGCGGCGGCAGGGCCUAUCGGGACUGGCGGGAGUGUUCAGGCGGCCAUUGCAUCGAUGCCGACACCCAUGUUCUCGUAUUCCAAAUCUAAAGGGCUGUUCGCGGGCGUGUCGCUCGAAGGGACCAUGCUUAUUGAACGCAAGGAUGCGAACCGCGACUUUUAUGGCACCGUUGUGCCUGUUCGCGACAUUCUGAGCGGACGGGUGCCUCCUCCUGAGAUUGCGUCAAGGCUGUACGAAAUCAUCGAGGCGGCAGAGGGGCUGGACGAGUCAGGUCUCCCUCAAGAGGGCUAUGUGCCCAACGCCGAAGGCGGCCAUGAUGAUCAUCUUGUUUUCGACGUCAAUGGCCACUGAGUCUUGAAGUCAGUAACAAGCAGAUAGCAUAACCACGUUCAGCUAUUCUACUGCAUAGACGAUUAUAUAGAAACCUGAAUGAGGAGUCUGAAUGACGAACAAUUGAGGCGCCUCAGCCAAACAAGCGCACAUACGCCGCGCCUCUUCCGUUUAUUGACACCCUCUCGGUCGGGACGGGGUUAGAAUCAUGAUGAAGACGCGUCGAAAAAGCAAGGCAGCUGCAGCGGCGGCGGCCGAAACCACUGACAACGAUGUUGCCUCUACCUCAGGGACCGCAGAGGAGACCCACCUCUCUGUCUCCGUACCUCCGGACGUCGACAUCGACGUACUUUCCAGUCUUCUGCCCGACACAAAUAUUUCGGCUCCCACAGCGGAGAGCAUCACGGAGCUGUACCGGCGGCUCGUUGACCUUGCGGCGCAGGUCGAGUCAGCGCUGCAGGCACGCGAUGAGGAGCACGCAGUGGUGGAGAGGAUGGAGGUUGAGUUGGACCAGGCGCUGCAGGACAAGGAGUCGGCCGCAAGGGACUCUGAGACUUCUGUUGAAUCUGUGCAGAAAGAACUCAAAGAGGUGCAGGCGCAGAGAGACGAACUUUUAACUUCCCAAACGGCACUGAAGAAUCAGGUUUCUGCUCUUUCAAGAUCACAGACGACCUCGACGACCGAAGUGGAUUCUCUGAAGCAUCGCAUUGAUGACACCGAACGAGAGAAACGCGACCUCAUUGGUGUGAUCAGCCGGCUGAAGCAGGACAGCACACAACGGGAUGAGGAGGUUCAGACCCUCCGCACGAACCUGAAAGAGGCCCGACAAGAGCACCAGAAGCUCGAAAGCGAACUGCGUGAGCUCAAGUCUUCGGAAACAUCCAACAAGUUCCAAAUCGAAACCCUGCGCCAACACCUGGAGCACAAGACCGCUGAAGCCGAGCGCGCCAACAAUGACCUGACUACACAGUCAGAAGAGCACGCGAAGCAACGAAGAGCCCGUCAUGCGGAACUCGUCACUCUGCAAGCCAGCUUUGAUGCACUGACUCAGACGCAUGCAUCCACUCACGCAUCUCUGAAAGCUCUGCAGUCCUCGCACACAGCCCAAAGUCACCAGCUCACUCAAGCACUCGAGAAAGUGCAGAACCUGACCGGCAAACUCGCUGAGCAAGAAGCGACGUAUGCGAGCGAAGCCAGCGGACUGCGUCGCCUGGUGGCUAUGAUGGAGGAGCGCGAGUCCAAGGCGAAGGAGAUCGUGGAUAGCAUCGAGCGGGAAUGGGCUGGCGUGGGUGAAAAGUCGGAGAGGAGAGAGGCGGCUUUGAAGGAGGAGGUAGAGCUGGAGAGGAGAGCCCGCGAGGAUGCCGAGAAACGCCUGGAGCAAUUGGAGGAGGUGAUGAACCGGAUGGGCCGUGGAGACUUACCUGUGCCUAGCAUGGAUAUGACCGUCGACGGGCUGAUGGGUCUCAGUCCGACGGUGGCGAUGGUCAGCAAGGCACAGAAGAGCGGCAAGACUUUCACUGAGGUGUACACCGACUAUGUUCGACUGCAGGAAGAAUACAGCAGGAAGUGUACCGAGUACGAACGUAUGGACGAAACUCUCUCUGCAGUUCUCACCCAAAUCGAAGAGCGUGCGCCUGUGUUAAGUCAACAGCGCACCGAGUACCAGCGUCUGCAAUCCGAAGCAGCCCAUUUGGCAUCGCAACUCGCCAUUGCUAUCGCGGACCGGGACAACGAAAGCGCAGCUGCUCAAGACAGCUCGCAGAAGCUGGCCCAAUCGACGCGGGAGAAUGAACUGCUCCAACAGCAGCUGACUGAUCUGGGCCGCCAGGUGAAACAUCUCCUGCGCGAAAUCGGCCGUGUGCAGGAUCCGUCCAUUCCCAGCGACGAAGACCUGGAGAUGCUUGCCGCCGCACCCCCAGAUACGAUCGACGGGGUCAUCACGAACAGCCUUGUCCUAUUCCAAUCAAUCCCUGAGCUGCAAGAGCAGAACCAGAAGCUUUUGCGGGUUGUGCGGGAACUGGGCGACAAGAUGGAGAGUGAGGAACGCGAGUAUAGGGACGUUUUGGAUCGCGAGCAGACUGAAGCAGUGCGCGAGGCCCACGAAGCCAUGCAAGAGCUUGCGGAGCAACUCGAAAGGCAAAAGAGUAGCUCUGACACGAUCAUCCAGGCUUACGUCAAAGAACGGGACACUCUCAAGGCCAUGCUGGCCCGACACGAACGGGGUGGUGUCCCACCCGCUGCUGGCGUGCUGACCAACGGAUCCGUCACUCAUGAGAACGGGUUUGGCGACAGUCUUCCUCCGAAUGCGAGCGACAUGGCCAAGGAGCUUGUGGAGGUGCAGAACCAGUUCGAUGUCUAUCGAACAGAGAUGGGGGUUGACUCCUCGCGACUGCGCGAAGACUUGCACAAGAUGCAGCGUGAGUCCGGUCAGCUGCAGACUCAGCUUGCCAAGGCAAAUGCGAAGAUCGAAUACCUAUCUGAACGCCAGCGGAUGAGCCAAGAACAAGUCGCCACACACAGCCGGGAAAUGGACGACAUGACAAAACGGAAUCAACAAUUGUUCGAUCAGUGGACACGAGUUGAUAUCGAAUGUGGGCGUGCGACUGAAGAUCUUCAAGUUGCCACCGGCCGGAUCGAGCAAUUACGUAAUGAGUGUGCGAAUCUCAGAGCAGAAAAGAAGAUCUGGGAGGGCGUCUUGUCGAGGAGAACCGCACACUCGCCAUGGAACGUUCGCAUCUGUCCGACUUGAUGACAAACGUUCAGAAGAUGCAUAAUGACUUGGAGCGGUCCGGCGACAACGACCGGAGGAGGCUGGAGAAUCAACUCCAGAUGCUCGAGGGCCAAACUCAGGACCUGAAGAACCAGCUGUCCACUGAACGGGAUACAGUUCGCCAUCUGACGCUGCAGAAAGAAAUCGAGAUCAAGGAUCUGCAGAACAAACUCGACAGGGCGGCGCUUGAGUUCUCCAAGACCAGGGAGGCUCUAGUCGUUGCUGAGACCAGCAAGACGCAUCUCGAGCAACGGGUUGAGGAACUGGCACGCCAACUACGUGGCAAUGAGGAGAAGUUGUCUGUCUACGAGAGGAGGCCCGCUGCUGCUGCUGCUGCCGGCCACAGUUCCAUGGAUGUCACAUCAAUUGGGGAGCAACAGCUCCAGGCCGAGGUCGCGGAACUUCGAUCUGCGCUCAAAGUCACGGAGAUGGAUCUCAAGACCGCCAGAAGCCACGUGGAGCAGUAUCGUGAAAUCAGCCAAGCGAACGAAGCUGCCCUCCGGGAUCUGAACAACACGCACGACGAGUACAGAGCUUCGGCCGAGGCUCAGAUCGCCAAGCACGAGUCCGAGUUCGCUGCGAUACAGGAGAAGCUGACAGCUGCGCAAGAGGAGCUUACCCAAGCGAAUGCCAAAUACAACGAGCUGCAGAAAUCGUUCGAGACUGAGCGCACGGCAUGGACGAACGACAAGAAGGUGCUCGAGGACACCAUUGUCGAUCUUGGGACGUCAGAGAAGCUUUCGGAGAGUGACCGGACGACCUUGGAGAGGGAUGUCAGGUUACAGGAGGAACGAGCCAAGGCUGCGGAGGACCGGCGAGACCAGGAAGUACUUGCGCGCGCUGAAUCGAUCAAGACUCUAGACGGAAUCAAGAAGCAGCUUGUUGCCGCUCAGGCGGCCGUUCGGGACGCGCAGACUUCUGCGCAGACAGCGACUGCGAAGCUGACUGCGUCUGAAGGCAGCUGGGCUCUCCAGAAAGAGGCGCUGGACAAGGAAGUGGCUGAUCUGAAUCGACGGUGCCAAGAACUGACGAGCCAGAACUCGCUGCUGCAUCAGCAUCUGGAUAGCGUGAGCUCACAGGCGGCCAAGAUCCGUUCGGUUGCGGCUGCCUCGGAGGAGAAUGGGGAUGCGACAGCGACAACCACGACUGAUUCAGACUCGGAGACGAAGCUGGCUGAGCUACGAAGUGUCGUGACAUAUCUGCGUAAGGAGAAGGAGAUCGUGGAUCUGCAACUCGAGUUGAGCAAGCAGGAGAACACCCGGCUCAAGUCGCAGAUUGAGCAUCUGAGCAAGACGCUGGAAGAGACGAGGAAGACGUUGUCCGAGGAACGAGAGAAGGCGGUUGAAGGUGCUGCGUCGGCAGCUCAGCAUGCGGAGCUGCUUGAAAGGAUCAACCAGCUCAACAUUUUGCGGGAGAGCAACGCAACGCUUCGCGCAGAGUCGGAAACGCACUUGAAACGAUCGAAAGCGCUCGAAUCACAGCUCAAGACGCUCAGCGCCCAGCUCAAUCCGGCGAAAGAGCAGGUCAAAAUUGCACAGGCCGAGCUCGAGGCGAAGAACAGUCAGUUUGCCAAGCUUGAAGAGGAGAACCGCAGAUGGCAGGAACGCAAUGCUGGGUUGUUAAGCAAGUACGAGCGUAUCGAUCCCGCUGAAGUUCAGGCCCUGAAGGACGAGGCCGGCAAAUGGAAGAAGGAGGCUGAGGAGGCCGAGGCAAGAAAGACUGAGGCUGAGGGCAAAGUGGCCGAGUUGGAAGCUCGAGUCCAAGCAGUCGAAGCCAACAUGCGGAACCACAGAGAUAUAAACGCCAAGAACAUGGACGGAUUCAAGAGAAACCUCGGGGCUGUCAACAAGGAAAAGUCGGUCCUGUUGGCGGAGAAAGCCGAGCUCACGGCCACGGUGGCUUCGCUACAGGCUCAGAUUAAGACUCUGCAGGAUGCGCAGUCGCAAUCCGUGCCGACUGAGACUCCAAGCGAGGACAAUUCUGCUGCGAUGGCUGCUCUGACCGCUGAGCGGGAUGGGUUGUUAGCUGAAAAGGCCAAUUGGAUCAUAACUUCUGCCGUUCCACCAGCUCAAGAAGCUGCCCCUGGAUUGGAGGAAGCAAAACAAACUUGGGAAACUGAGAAAGCAGAGCUCGUCAAAACGCGUGAUGCGGCGGUUGAAGCUGAAAAGCAAAGUCGCGCCGGGGAGGCAAAAUUGAAGGAAGCUCACGAAUUGGCUCGCAAUCGGAUGCGCAUGUUGGUGGAACGGCUAAAGAAAGCUGAGGCGGACCUCGCCGCAGCCACUUCUGCUGCUGCUGCGCCCCCAGAAGAGGUCACGAAGAAGCACCAGGAAGAAUUGCAGGCACUUCAGACGAAGCUGGAGGCGCAUCACGCUGAGGAGGUCAAAACUGCGGUGGAAAAGGCCAAAGCUGAGGCCCAAGCGGCAGCGAAUUCCGGCGAGGACACCGCCGCCCCACAGUCCAAAGCAAGCGAGGAGGAGCUGAUCGAGCGCGGGCGACAAGAACUCAAAAUGAAGAUGGCAGUGAAGGACAACCAGCUUGUGCGGACGCAGAACAAGGUCAAAGAACUCGAGGCCAAGAUUGCUGCGCUCCAAUCUGCACCAGCGGCAUCGACAUCUGCUUCAACGUCAACCCCAGCACCGGCUUCGACAUCGGCACCUUCGACGUCGGCACCUGCACCUACAGCAGCAUCGGCCGCAGCACCAAAAUCAGCAGCGGCGCGGUCCGGUCAGCCCGCCUCCGCGGCUGCUGCGACAGCUGCCGCUGCUCGCGGGAACGUCCGGGGUCGGGGCGCUGCCAGAGGUCGGGGCGCAGCUGCGUCAGGGCGUGCCGGUGCGGCUAACGCCGCGGCGGCCGGCGGCAGCGGCGACGCAGCUGCUCCCGCGCAAUUGAGCAUCAAGGGAAGCGCCGAGGGAUCGGGCUUGUCACUUGUCGGUGCUGCGAAACGGCCGCAUGAUGGAGCAUCGAGCGAUGCGGAGUCUCUUGCCAAGCGCUUAAAACCAGCUGAGGGCAAACCUGUGACGUUGAGGAGGACGGGCCCGCCCCAGACGCAGGCUCCGCCCCCCGCAUCGUAGUGUGGGGGAGUGGUGGGCUGAGCUGUCGUCGUUUGUUGUCGUUGCAUCUUUUCUUGAAGUCAUUUGUAUAGUCCAUUUUGUAAUGUAUCCAUUGACCUCACAUACAUUCGCGCACUUAUAU